AUGUCUACCAUUUCUUUAGGACGUUACUUAUUCGAAAGAUUACACCAGGUCAGUGUCGAUACCAUUUUCGGUUUACCAGGUGAUUUCAACUUGACCUUAUUGGACAAGAUCUAUGAAGUCCCAGGUAUGAGAUGGGCUGGUAAUGCCAAUGAAUUGAAUGCCGCCUAUGCUGCUGAUGGUUAUGCUCGUGUUAAGGGUAUGGCCUGUCUAUUAACCACUUUCGGUGUUGGUGAAUUAUCUGCCUUGAACGGUAUUGCUGGUUCCUACGCUGAACAUGUUGGUGUCCUACACGUCGUCGGUGUUCCUUCUACUUCUUCCCAGGCUAAGAAUUUGUUAUUACAUCAUACUUUAGGUAACGGUGAUUUCACAGUCUUCCACAGAAUGUCCUCUAACAUCUCCGAAACUACUUCCAUUGUCACUGAUGUUGCCCAAGCUCCAGCUGAAAUCGAUAGAUGUAUUAGAGAAACUUAUAUCAAGCAAAGACCAGUUUAUUUGGGUAUCCCAGCCAAUUUCUUUGAUUUACCAAUUUCUGCCAAGCUAUUAAACACUCCAAUUGAUUUAUCCUUACAUGAAAAUGAUGAAGAAGCUGAAACUGAAGCCAUAGACUUGGUAUUAGGUCUGGUUAAGGAUGCAGUUAACCCAAUUAUUUUAGUUGACGCAUGUGCUUCCAGACAUGACGUCAAGGAGGAAACCAAGAAAUUGAUUGAUAUAACUCAAUAUCCAACUUUCGUCACUCCAAUGGGUAAGGGUGCUAUUAAUGAACAACAUCCAAGAUAUGGUGGUGUCUACGUCGGUAAUUUGACUGAUCCUGCCAUUAAGGAAGCUGUGGAAUCGGCUGAUUUGAUUUUAUCUGUAGGUGCCUUGUUAUCUGAUUUCAACACUGGUUCAUUCUCUUACGGCUUGAAGACCAAGAACGUUGUUGAGUUCCACUCAGAUUACGUUAAAAUUAGAAAUGCCUCCUUCCCUGGUGUUCAAAUGAAGUUUGUUUUACAAAAAUUGAACCGUCAAUUGCCACCAUACACUAAGAACUACAAGCCAGUUCCAGUUCCAACCAAGACUGCUUCAAAUAAGAACGUCGCUGCUUCAACUCCAAUGAAGCAAGAAUGGAUGUGGAAUCAACUAGCUAAAUUUUUACAAGAAGGUGAUAUUGUCAUCUCUGAAACUGGUACUUCUGGAUUUGGUAUUAACCAAACUUCAUUCCCAAAUAACACAACAGGUAUUUCUCAAGUCUUAUGGGGCUCCAUUGGUUUUGCUACUGGUUGUACUUUAGGUGCAACUAUGGCCGCUGAGGAAAUUGAUCCAAAGAAGAGAGUUAUAUUAUUUACUGGUGACGGUUCUUUGCAAUUAACUGUCCAAGAAAUUUCUACCAUGGUCAGAUGGAACUUGAAGCCAUACUUGUUUGUCUUGAACAAUAACGGUUACACUAUUGAAAAAUUGAUUCAUGGUGAACAUGCAGGUUAUAAUGAAAUUCAACCAUGGAACCAUUUAGAACUAUUCCACGCUUUCGGUGCUAAGGAAGGUACUUUUGAAAACCAUAGGGUCUCCACAACUGGCGAAUGGAAUAAGUUAACUGAGAGCAAACAAUUCCAAGAUAACACCAAGAUUAGAAUGAUUGAAGUUAUGUUACCAGUCAUGGAUGCCCCAACCUCUUUAAUUAAGCAGGCCAAGUUGACUGCUUCCAUCAAUGCUAAGAAUUAA